AAACGUAAACAAAGAUCAGCUGAUUCGAGUGGGAGUAUUCGCCGCAACGUCUCUAUUCCAAGUUGGAGCUGCCCGGAAGCCAACUUUAUAAUUAUGCCGUUAACAAUAUCCGAGGACCACAAAGCCCACUUGUCGCUGCUGAUACCACAAGAGGCUUCCGUUGUCGGAGAAUUUUGCCGCCUUGCAGUUCAGUUCUUGAAACAAGGAGUAAAUCCGCGAGUUUUUAAUUCCGCUGCCAAUAAGCUGGGUGUGCAACCCAACGAGAUUGAGGAGGCAAUAAGAGCCUUAGUGUACCUGUUCUCACACUGCACACAGGCAACAGCAUCCAAGGAUGAAUUUAAACAACUACUUUUAUCCUUGGGUUUCUCAGAAGAUGCUGCACAGGUCCUGACCGAGACCUUUACUCAAAAUGAAGCAGAACUAAAGGCGUAUUUAAAGAGGAUGGGUGUGCAAGUCCCCGAGUAUUGCAACUUAGAAUGGAGAUUUGACAUUCUUGUUGGAUCAAGAACGCUUAACCAUAUUGCAGAGCCUCUUAUCACCAUGCAGCUCUCCUUAGACUCUCACAAGAGUAAAGAUGGUACACAGCAAGACCAGCCUAGCAAGCUCCUCCUCCAGACAGAUCCCAACAAUCUUUCACACAUGACAGCAGUAUUGGAAGAAGCACUGCAUGAAGCCCGGACACAUCAUUCGCGGAAAAUUCACCGACAUCUAAAGUAGUUUUACUGGCUGUUAAUAUGUUGCUCAAGAUUUAAGGUCUGAUUUUUUUACAUAAUCCAUAUUUGUAAAUUUAUGGGGGAAAUAACACAUUCCAAUCAAUGAUUUAUUUAAACAUGCUAAAUUUGCAUGCUUAUAUUUUGGAUUUUUUUUUUCUGUUAUCCUUUGCCCACCCCUCCCCAGUAAAAUGAACUUAUUUAAAAGGUGAUGUUUACACCAAUUCUUGAAAUGAUUAGAUUACUAUUCUGACAUAAUCUAUCAAAUUAGUUUACCAUUUGUAGACAUUAUCUUCAAACUUUGUGGUGCUGUCUGCAUUUUCUGUUAAUUUAUCAAUAAUUGUUUACUUUACCAUUUAUUUUGUCCACAUAUUGAGGGGAUGAAA